AUGUAUCAAUCUAUCGGAAAAUCUAAGCAACAGACUCGAGGUAGAGAAAAGGUCAAGACCGGCUGUAAAACCUGCAAGGCCCGCCGUGUCAAGUGUGACGAGGGCUGGCCAGCCUGUCGACGCUGUAUCUCAACCGGCCGCGUUUGCAAGGGCUAUGGCAUCUGGGGAGGUGGUGGUAGUCCACACGACCAGCAGCAGCCGCAGAGUAGCAGGGCGCUAUCAAUCUACUGCACCCCGGUUCCAGUCGGCAAUCUCAGCCGUGAGGAGCAAACCCAUUUUGACUGGUUCGUGAAUAAAACCAGGGAAAAAUUUGCCGGUUUAUUUACGUCUGAGUUUUGGGGGACUCUUGUUUUCCAAGCAAGCGCUCGAGAGCCUGCUGUUCGGCAUGCCGUCGUGGCCUUGUCGGCGGCGCAUAGAUUCGAAAUAGGCUGCGACCCAUGGAUAAUACCGGCAAUAUACGGAGUUGGUGUUGAAAAGUUCACGUUGCAGCAGUAUAACAAAGCUAUCAGCUAUCUUCGGGUGGCCACAGGAAAAAGUGGUCAAAGUGGUCUAUACGUGGCACUGAUCACUUGUAUGAUCUUUGUGGCGUUAGAAUAUCUGCGUGGGCAGUAUCAGAUGGCCAGUGCACAUCUCCGCUAUGGAAUCCAACUACUCUCCAACAUCUCUGUACCGCUGCCUCGAUCCUCAAUGUCUCCUAGGAUGUUUAGUCCCGUAGAGGACUUUGUUCACAACACUUUGGCCGAAUCAUACGCACGUCUUAGUCUUCAGGCUGCAUUAUUCGGCUCUGUACCGUCAGAUAUGUGUGUUAUGACGCGGAAACAUUCCCUUCCAUACUCUUUUUGUUCUCUCUUGGAAGCACGACAGACCCUAGAUGAUCUACUAAAUAGAGUCUACUGUCUAGAACGACAUUGCCACAGUCUUCGGGUAUCACAAUUAUCAAUAGAAGACCCGGAAAUCAUCGAGACACAAAGCAAAAUUAUGAGUGAUCUAUCUCUCUGGCGCAAGAUAUACAAAGCAUUGCUCAUCCAAAUCGAAGCAAAUGGAGCGCUCAAAGAGAAAUUCGGAAGCCGCCUCUUAAACAUAUACUACGAGCUAGCUGUGAUCAUGGCCUCGGUCUGUCUAUCCGAAGACGAGAUGAUCUUCGACUCAUUCACAAAGAACUUUCUAGGAAUAUUGACCGGCUUUGUUGAUUUAUGGAAUUACUGGGCAAGCCAGGACCCCGAUGUCGAAGAAAUGCAGGAUAUAUUUGUAUACAAGAUUGAAAACCAUGGAUUCACCGUGGAAUCCGGGUUCAUUCCUCCAGUAUACUACACGGCGCUAAAGUGUCGCAUUCCCGGCAUUAGGAGACAGGCGAUUCGAAUUCUGCGGUCAGCUCCUCACCGGGAGGGUGUAUGGAAUGGGCAACUUCUUGCUGAAGUCUUGGAGGAGGUGGUUAGAAUCGAGGAGAGCGAGUUAGGGCCUGCCCAGCUGGGGAGUACCAAGGAAUUUCCGCUGUCAGAGAUAACAGCGUCGUCGCGCAUCUCGGGUGUAUCUGUCAUUCUUCCAAAUAGGGCCAAAGACGAUACGUUCGUAAGGUAUAAAAAACGGAUCGACAAUGGCCAGUGGGUGGUGAUGUUUGAGCUGAAAAUCAUGUACUCUGCGAAACAAAAUUCCUUAAAAUAA